UAUCAGUGGUAAUCGUUACUGUGUUACAGACCAUACUUUGGUUUUGUUAUGCGCUGUGCGGGUGGCCGAAGGGCAAGACGUGGGUGGUUGGGUUGAUGAACCCGGUAUCCCAUUCUGGAGAGAACAAAAAGUAAGAGAAGAAGGCUUCAAUGUGCGAUUUUCUUCAUUCUCCAAUUUAUUGCCACCAGCUGCAAUCAUAAUAUGGCUCAUGUUGAUGUCAAUCUGUACACGACUCCACGACUCGGAACAGCCCUACAGCAACUCCGUGAACUUUGCCCUGAAACACUGAUCACCGAGUAUUUGAUGAGGGUCGACCAGAACCCGGCCAUGCUGAAUGAGCCCGAGGUGGAGAACAAUUUGACACACGAAUUGAGCAAGCACCUGGCGCGACAUAUGCCGCGGGCCGCUGAGAUGUCCGAGGAGAUUCAAGAGAUGUCUAUUGACUCGCUUAUGGCGGUGGAGAUUUAGCGCGGGUUGUGAGGCGAUCUCAGUCAGGAUUUUAAGCAUGGUGGAGAUUGCGAAGAUUGGGAAGAUUGGAAGGUUGGCGGAGGCCGGCAUUCAAUUUUUGAGGAAGAAGUAUGGUGGCCUUGUGAAGGAGUGGAGUAGUGA